AUGUCUAUCACUACAGCCCAAGUUAACCCCUCAAUCGCCCUUUUUGGUGCGACGGGUGGAACUGGGCUUGCAAUACUCAAUGAAAUCCUCUCUUCCUCAUCUACCACACAUCUCAAUGUUUUGUGUCGUACCCCGUCAAAACUCUCUCAAUUCUCCAAUAAAACCAUCUACCCCAAUCUUCAUAUCAUUCAAGGCGACAUUCGCGAUGCCACCGCCUUGAAAUCCGCCCUUAUCGACCCGGCCACCAAUCUUCCCGUCGAUAUUGUCGUCUCUUCUCUAGGCAUGACUCUCAUCCGUUCUUCCACUUUCUCAAUGAAAUGGUCAGAUCCAACUCUCUGUCAGGACGGUGUCAAAGGGAUCUUGAGCACAUUGGAUUCUCUAGAAGUAGAAUAUGGACCAAAGAAUGUGAAGACGAAAGUGAUAGUGGUGAGCACGACAGGAAUUAGUAGGAAAGGAAGAGAUAUCCCUUGUAAGAUGAGACCGCUGUACAGUCUUGGAAAAACCCCGUUUGAGGAUAAGAUACGAAUGGAGGAGGAAAUUGUGAGGUGGGCGGGAGAAGGAGAAGGAAAGAGGUGGAUGGUGGUUAGGCCGAGUUUGUUGAUUAAUGGGGAAGCGAAGAGGACAGUGGUUAAGAUUGGAUGGGAGUUCCCUGGAGCUGGGUAUAGAAAUAGUGAAGAUGAGCGAGAGAAUAAUGUGGUGGAGAAGGUGGAGGAAGAGGAGGAUAAGUUGGAGAUUGGAUAUCAGAUCACUCGAGGAGGGGUUGGAAAGUGGAUUUAUGAAGAAGGCAUUCGAAAUGGAGGGAGGAGCGAAUGGGAAGGAAGGUUUAUGAGUUUGACAUAUUGA